ACCACAGCCAGUUUGACGGAAGGAGCGGCGCGGCGGUGGCGGAGUAGAAUGGAGGCGGCGGUGUUCGUCUUCUCUCUCCUUGACUGUUGCGCGCUUAUCUUCCUCUCAGUGUACUUCAUAAUUACAUUGUCUGAUUUAGAAUGUGAUUACAUUAAUGCUAGAUCAUGUUGCUCAAAAUUAAACAAGUGGGUAAUUCCAGAAUUGGUUGGCCAUACUAUUGUCACUGUAUUAAUGCUCAUUUCAUUGCACUGGUUCAUCUUCCUUCUCAACUUGCCUGUUGCCACUUGGAAUAUAUAUCGGUUCAUUAUGGUGCCAAGUGGUAACAUGGGAGUGUUUGAUCCAACAGAAAUACACAAUCGAGGGCAGCUGAAGUCACACAUGAAAGAAGCCAUGAUCAAGCUUGGUUUCCACCUGCUCUGUUUCUUCAUGUAUCUUUAUAGUAUGAUUUUAGCUUUGAUAAAUGACUGAAGCUGGAGAAGCCGUAGUUGAAGUCAGCCCACACUACAGUGCACAGUUGAGGAGCCAGAGACGACUUAAAUCAUCCUUAGAACCAUGACCAUAGCAGUAUAUUUUUUCCUCUUUGAACAAAAAAUAUUUUUGCUGUAUUUUUACCAUAUAAAGUAUUUAAAAAACAUGAAUUGAGUUUUUGUAGCUUUCUGGUUCUCAACUUUAGCCUGCACCCCCAACAUGUGAAGGUGUUUUUCAUCAUCUGUAUGUUGAAGAUAGUUAUUUGUAUGUAGGAAUAGGACUGUCAUUCCAGCCUUGCAUGCCAAAGAAAUAGAGGACACGCUUUAAAGGGAAAAUGUAAUAGAUGAGCAAAGUGGCUCUUCAGGUCUACUGAGAAGUCAGAGUACAAAGCGAUACUGUUAGUCUGGGCAAAGGAAGAAAGAAACUAAACUACCCUUUUGUCUAUAUUGCGGCAGCUUCCUGUAUUUAAUAUGGUUUACAGAUUUAUGGGGCUGUAAGCCAAAUGUCUUUUCACAAGAAUGUUAACAGAAAAUGACAUUUCAAAAAAUAAUAUUUCUUUGCUGAAUCUGUGAACCUUAUAAGCCAUUACACAUACGAUGUAAUUCCUGCUUAUAGAAAGGAAAAUAAACCAAAAAAGCAAAACUUUAUCAAGAGCUUUCAUUUAAAAGCCGCUGCCUCCACAAUCGCCCUCAAACCCAUAUACUCCCACUGGCCCUUGCUGCGUCUUGGUUUUGCAUUCUCAUUGGUCCAGUUGUAUUUGAUCUGUCCGAUAUAUUUUUUAAUGGGUUUGGAGAGGUGAUUUGGUAGAAGAUGCCCAUCAGAUCAGAAGCAGGAGUAGCCAGUCAUUCGGUGUCGGUGAAACUGAGCCUGUCAGCGCUGUUUGGGGCCUGAUUAACCGUAGCACUCCUGUCCUGCUGCGCUGACCACUGUCCAUUUCAUGGACAUAGCAGUAUCCGACCAGACUUGAUUCCUUGGAGGUAUAUUUGUCAAUUCUUGCAGUUGUUGAGGGCACUUAACCUCUUGGGCUCUGUUUGCUGGGUGAAGUGAACCUGGCAGUUCAUUCUCAGUGCUCGUUUGUGUUUUAAUGUGGCCAUCUUAGGCGCUGGCAUUUAGGCAAAACAUGGCUGAGUCCAAAGAGGUUAUUCACUCUGUUGAGGCAGAAUUGCAUAGUCACAUAAGGUGUGUGGUCACCAGAUAUCAAAUGUUGCCUGUCCUUUCGGCCCUGGACUGGGUCUAGCCUUGGCAGAAGCCGGAGAGGCACUAAGCAAAACUCCCUAUUUGGAUAGACCCACAUUUUGAGGAUGGUGGUAUACCCUGGCCACACGUGAAAGGAAGGGUGAAAUGGUAGGCAAAGUAAACUUGGUUCUGUUGGCCUCUUUCGAGCUUCAAAAAUUGCUCCUUGGGGUAUCUUGUUUUUCUUCCAGGCAAAGAGCCAAGAAGCUGUAACAUAGAAGUUAGUUUGAUGCAUCUCUCUUACCCUUUCCUUCUUAGGCACCUUCCUCUAUUUAAAAAAAGAAAAACAGUCACUUAACUCUGACUUUAUCCCUAACUUCCAGUGCCUCUAAAUGUUCUGCUCAAGCUUUGAAAGCAAUGAAGCUGUUGGAGAACUUAAAUCCUUAGAACUGAGAGAUAAACAAGCUACUUCAGGAAGCUCAAAGGUGGUGGAGGACUGUUGACCAAAAUGUUUUAUCUUCUCAUUCUUCUUUUUUUAAAAAAUUGAAAUUUUCACAAUAUUGUGUUAGUUUCAGAUGUACAGCAUAGUGAUUCAAUUAUUUUUUUCAGAUUAUAUUCCAUUAUAGGUUAUUACAAGGUCUGGAAUAUACAAGUAUUCUUAGUAACCAAAAUAGAAACCUGUGUAGUUGAGAGCAUCUGGCUGUCAGUUUACAUACCAUCAGGCACGUCUGUUGGUGAGGCUGAGCAGAUCAGAAAGGUGCCUUGUUUAUAACGAAAGACAGGAGCUCUUUACUUCUGAAACAUUAACAGUGGUUAAAAACAAAACCACCUUUCUUGUAUUGCUUGUCUGUAAUCAAAGGCAGGAAAGGGGGUAACUCUAGUUUUUUGUUUGGAUUUUUUAGGGGCCCUUCUACAAAUUAUGAAAAGAGGGAAAAAGCACUGACUUUAAAAGCUGUGGUUAAGAUGCCGAAGAUUAAUCUUCUGUGCUUUUAACUGAUUGGAGAGUUGCAGAGACCCUUAGAGAUCAUUUGGUCUAACUUCAUCUUAGACAUCUGGAAUCCUCCUGGCUAGUCCAGUGUUCUCUCCCUUAUCACUUCUCGUCCCUGUCCAUCUGUGAAGGUAGCACCCUGGGCCCAGCCAGUGCAGACUACUAUGGCAUGCUCCUGGAUGCAGAAUAUUUUUAUCUGUGUAUUCUGUCAUUUUCCUUUGACCUUUUCCUUCCAUCCCUUCAGUGGUUAGCAGGUGCACUUGCUAAUCACUGGACUCAGCUGAGAGAGCCGAGGAAGAAAGAUCUAAGGUGCAGCUUGGUUCAUCAAAGCCUGACAGCCACCUUUUCAUGCCACACAGAUGACAAUGGAAUAAUAAUCCAAAUCUGCUUCCUCUCAUCUGAGCUCACUUUGAAUUUGAGGGAUAAGAAAGCUCCCCAUGGAACUUUUUCUUCUGUGGCACUUACCACUUUCUAUCUGGUGUUACGGUUAUUUGUAUGCAGUUAAUCUCUCCUACUAGACUGUACACUCCUGGAGGGCAGAGUAUCCUCUUAUUCAUAUUUGUAUCAUUUUCCUAUUGCUCCUGGCACCUAACGCAGUCCAUGCCUUGCAGACGGAAACAAUAAAUGAUUGUUGAAUGGAUACAUAAAUCUGAUUGUGUAGUUCUGUUGCUCUCUCAGCAUGAAGUCUAACUAAUGUCCUUUACAUCAGGGAAGUAAGAAGCAAUGGAGCAACAUAAUCAAAGUCUACCAUCUGUUUUCAAGGCAGUCACAUUAUGGAAUGUUCUAAGACAUGCUAGGUUAGGAAAGGAAACCGCUGUAUUUGGUGUACUGGAGGCUUGUGAAGUCAGUUUUACUCACAAGUAAUAUUUUGUCAGAAGUAAUUGUGAUGAAAAGUAUUAUGUACUAGGUAUAAUUAAUUACCCCCUGCAUGUAAGUAAAAUUGUUCUAAUACAUGGAAACAGGCAGCAAGAUAGAGAAGGGAAGUCUUGAAAUUCUAUGCCUAUUAUCAAGAUUGCUGCCACCUGAAUUUGUGUACUUUAAGCCAAAAAUACUAUUUUGCAAUGUAGUGUAACAAAGAUGGAAAUAUUCUUGGUGUAGUGAAACUACAGUUAAUAAGGCUGUUCAAAGAAUGGGCUGUUCUAUCUGAGCAUUUGUCAGUGAAGCCUUUUGGUUUUAAGCCAUACUUACCGUGAAAAUUGUACAAGGUAGUAGUCAAAUUGUUCUGCUCUAAAUAUAAUCUAAGGACUGAGGGUCAUUCAGAGCCUUAGGGUUUGCAUUGUGAACCGCAGUAAUCACAGUAAUAAUUACCGUCAGGACAUACAUGUUAAAGGGAUUGGUCACUAAGAGCUCAAGUUGCUCUUUAGAAUAAAUUCCUUGAUAAAAGCUGUUUUUGUUUUCAAUGGCUUCCCUCUGAGGCUGGCUGAGGGGUGGGUGGUGGGUGAGUGGUCAGAAUCAGCUAGCUGGGAGCUCAGAGGUUUGACGGUGGCUUCCCCUGCUGUGUAUUUGGUUUGCUACAUCCGUUAUGGAACAGUCUUGGUUUCACCUGUAUUAGCUCCCAUUCAACAUUAGCGCAUAGUCAGAAUGUGAGUCAGUCGAACAAAUACUGAAAUUGCUGUUCUCCAGUGCAGCACCUUGUGUGUAGGUGUUGAGAGGACUAGUAAAGGUUCGGAGUUACACACUGCUGUACUAUCACUCUCCAGCCAUCUCUCUGAUUCCUGGUUCCCUUCUAAGCACCCGGUGCUUCGUCAGAAUCCCCACUUUGUUAUUUAUCCAGGGGACUUGGUUCAUCUUCAGUCUGCUAUUCUAAGUACCAUAUAUUCUUUGGGCAAGAGGCUGGCACUUGAACAAGGAAGGAGCUUGAAUCCUUCGUCUGUUUUCACAGCUCAGUUCAUUCAAAUUGAUAAUCUCUGAAGGAGAGGAUGUGAGUGGAAUCAAGUUGUAGAGCCUGAUCUUAUCACUUUAUCUGAUCAGCAGCCUAUUUCACAGGUUGGAUGCAAAGCAGGCGAGGGUUGAACUUGACAGCUCAAUUAAAAAGCAACAAGUUUGGCUGCCACUGCAUCUGCUGUAUCAGAGUGACCUGCAGGGCAAGGCUAGCUUCUGGUGUAGCUGUGUAUAAAGAUACUAACUUUUUAGAAGACAAUAACAGGACUAAUCCGUGUCAGUUGGUAAUCUAUUUUACCAGUUACAAUAAUCAAACUUACGGGCAUUCUUGUUUUAUCUGUAACCUACUACCUUCCCUCCCCCACACUAUUUUGAAGCCAAUACCAGACAUCAGUACAUAUGUAGUAUUUCUACACAUAUCUCUGUAAGAUAAGGGUUCUUAAAACACACACACAGUCCCAGCAGCAUACAUAAAUUGGUAAUUACUUAGUACUAAAUAUACAACGGGUGCUCCAAUUUCCCCCAUUGGCUCAAGGUUUACAGUCGGUUUGUUCACAUUGGGAUUCAGCAAAGAUCUGUACAUUUCAUUUGGUUAAUGUCCUUAAGUCUCUUAAUCUACUAAAUUCCCUAUUAUUUUCCUUGCAAUUUGUUGAAGAAACUGUUUCACUGGACAUAGCAAUCAUUUGUUGUGUAGAACCUCCAGUAUCUGGCUUUUGCUGACUGCCAUAGACUCUUAAAAAAAAAUCGUUUGUGAUUUUACUAUGUGCAUUCUCACCCAUCACAAGCUGUCUGGUAAGAAGAUACUGUUAGCUUCUUUCAUAGAUGAGGGAUCUCUGACAGAUAAGUAAUUUGUCUAAAGUGACACACCAAGUGAUAGGAUUUAUAUUUAAAUCCAAACCCACUACUUUACAAAACAAUUUAAAGACAUUCAAAUUUAUUGUGCUUCUAUCUUCUAUGAAACUUCAUGAGUCUGUUUUGUUGAUUGCUUUAAUUGUAUGGAGAAAAAUCUGUACAAUUUCAAGUGUCAUUUUCUUCUAUGAACUACACAGUUAACUAGAAUCAGUAAAGAAGUGUGCCCUUAAAUGUUUUACCUAUCUUUGACAAGUUUUUAACAGUCAAUUUUUAAUCUAGGGUGUAAGUGGCCAUCUACAGACCAAGGGAGGUUUAUGUGUGCAGUGGCUAAUAGCAUAAGCUCAGGGGCACCUGGCUUAGAAUCCCAGCUCCUUCAUACCAGUUAAUUUAUUUAAGCCUACUUCCCUCAUUUGUAAAAUGGAAAUUAGAGUAUUUGCCCCAUGAAGGUACCUUGAGAAUUAAAUGAGAAUGGAAUGAGUGGCUCAUCCAUAGUGACUGGCCUAAAGCAAGCACCCAGUAUAUUAGCCCAAAGGAAUACCUGUUCUGUACUCAUGUUACUCAACGACCAAAUAGUGUGUGCGUUGUGGUUAGUCCCUCUCAUUACCAUUCUUGCUCCUGCUUUUGAUUCUUGGUCUCAUUGCUGAAGUAAUAAUAUAGCGUAGUCCCACGGUUUUCAAAACCCACCAGUGUGGAUCAGUGUCAGCUGACAACAUACAAUUACCUGACGUGUUAACAAAUUUGACUUGUGAUCUGGAAGGUGGCUUCGAAAUCUAAAAGUUAAAAAAGCCUUCAGUUGAGUCUCACGUGCCCUUGGAUUUAGGAGUUAAAAGCACAGGCUCUGGAAUCAAACAGGGGUUUGAAUCCCAGUACUAUCAUCUAUUAACUGUAUUUCAGUCUCCUUAAGCCUGAGUUUAUCAUUGAAAAAAAGUGAGCAAUACUUGCUUACAGAGAUAGAAGUUUAAAUAAUGUAUAUAAGGCGCCUGGUACCCAAUAAGCACUCCAGUUAUUUAUACAAACACUAGGAGAAAGCACAGAAAGAGAAAAAGGAAAUUAAAACCAAACCAGUUGAAUAGUAUCAGUUCUUUGUGGACAAGAACACAAAAUGUUACUGAAGUUUUUUUCAUGCAAACCCAUUAACAGGGGAGAAAGAAAAAAUCUUAACUGAAAAGUUUUUUCAUGCAAAUCCAUUAACGGGAAAGAGAGCCCAUUUAUACAUAGUGUGAAAGAACUUGUAGAACAAGUUUUUCAUUGAUAAUAAAAUCAAGACCCCUUUUCUGAAUUCACAGGCCACAAACUGGUAUUUUUCCAUUUGGGAAUGAGGGAAAAGUUAUUCAAUAUUUGGAAACUAUUUGGUAUACAACUCCCAAUUCAAUGUGUAGCUGCAUUUUAAAAUUAUAUUCAAAAUGAGGAAAAAGCCACACAGAACUUAAAUGAAGAACAUUAGCACAUUCAUUUAUUUGAAUUCUAGAUACGGCCUAUCACCAUGGCUAAUUAUGUCUUGAAUAAGAUGUUAAAAGUCUUAAAUUGUGUAUGAGGGACUCCAGUUGCAUCAAUUUAAUACAGUGACCAAAGAAGCCACUAAUCCUCGCAUCAGAAAAGGAAAUUAAAACUUGCUGAAAAUUUGUUCUUGUUCUUCCGUUUCCAGCAUUAGCUAUACAUUACAUGCCGAUUUAACAUUUUGUUAAUUACGUGAUUGUACUGUUUCCUAUACAGCAAGCCCAUGUUACGCACGCUCAUCAGGUUUGAGGGAGGAGAGCCCACUGCCACAAAACCAAUGGCAGACACCUAAGAUUCUUGGAAGUAGUGAUAGGAUGAUGGGGUCAUUUUGUUUGUUGAAUGUUCUUUAACAGUUUUAAGUUUUUCUGGGAAAAAUUUCAAGUAGAAGUCAUGAAAUGAUGUAACUGAAGACCAUCAACUUUUCUUUUGCUUAAAUGAAAGGGAAUUGAAUUGUGUUUUUAAAAUACAACUCUCUUAAGACUUAUUAAGGUUGGGAAAUUUUCUUUACCUGGUGCUGGGAUCUGGCAUGAAACUUUAAGCUAAGUCUGCAAAGUAUAGCUGUAUUUAAAGACUUCAAGUAGAAAAAACUUCUCUCUUGCCUGUUGAUCAGAGGAAGUGGCAAACCGUACCUUUAAGGUGGUGAGCAGUAGUGUGGAAGCAUUACCUCUCUCUGCCUCAUCACUGGAUCUGCUAUCCUGAGUCUCCACUGAUUGCCUGCCAAGUACUAAUUUUUCACAUUUGCACUUCCUUUUACUGUGCAGACCACCACUCUUAGUAGUAAAAAUCAUAAAGCCUACUUCUGUAAUAAUUCACCCUGAUGGGCAAUUGGUUUUCUUUUCUUUUCAUAAAUACAAAUGUACUAUAUAGGUUUGUAUACAUUGAAUGCUUUCUCCAAGGAUAUCUUUAAAUAACUAUAUAUUUAUUUGUUAUGAAAUAAAUUUUAAUUUCAAACUGGAAAUAUAUUUUCUCCCCUUGUCAGCAUAUCCACUGCCUAAACGCAUAAUUUCAGACG